AGCGCCGUCGCCAGCAGCGCGCGCUUGCCCGCGUCCUCUUCCAAUGCCCGCAAAGCCGGGAGUGGCCAACCCGCGGCGCUGCUGGCCUCGUAUCUGCUCAAGCAGAGCGCGGGCAAGUGGAAGCGCAAGCGCUGGAACCAGCGCUGGUUCGUGCUGGACCGGGACAACGGCGUGCUGCGCUACUUCCGCCACGCGUCUCCGCUGGAGGCGGUGCCGCUGCGCUCGGACGCCCACGGGGUGCUGGCGCUCAAGCAGGCGGGCGCGUCGCUCGUGGUGCAGGGCGACCUGCCGGCGGGGGUGCCCACGCCCUUCUGCUUCACGGUGGUCGUGGACGGCCAGCGCGAGAUCCGGCUCUGCGCGGACACGAACGCCGAGUUCCGGCAG